CUUGGCCCUAAUAUUUCUUCAAAUUCCUCUGUUCAUCUCCUCCUCUUUUUACUGUACCGUCUCUCCUCCUCUCUCGCGAAAGCCCUAAUUCGCUGCAUCUUCAUUGUUGUUUCCUUUGUUUCGUCACGUUUCCCCCCUCUUUGUUUUGGUAUAUACUUUCUGGAAUUAAUAAAUAAAUCGGGGGCUAGAUGGAGAAACAAGACGAAGAGUUGUCGAUGAGGAUUUACAAAGAUUCGAAUUUUACGGGAGGUUGCUUAGAAAUUCGUUUGUUCUACAUACGUAUUGCGCCGUGCGCUGUUGACGCUGUACCGGACUACCUAAGCCUCCGCCCUCUCCGCCGUGAGAUGGGCGUCUGGUUGGAAAUAAAUGGAUGCCGACUCCCAGCCUCUGAUGCUGCUUCCAUCACACUCCGCCUUGAACGCGCCGACAAGGAUUCAUCUGAGGUGACUUAUUUGAGUACCGACAAAGUCAGAGUUUCCGGCCCGGUGGAGUUUGAGGUGCAGGAGACGAAAGAUGUUUUGUUUCUGUGUGGAUCGUUGGCGAGAGUGGAGACGCCUUGGACAAAUGGGAACGUGUUGGAUAGUUCCUCUAAGACUGGCUGGAGCAUGGAUUGUUACACGGCCGCUUCGCUUGUGUCAGGAGGCUCGUCCUUUUUUCAGCCCAAGUUUGGCUUUUGCUCCCCCUCGAUUGAGGUGUACAUAGCUGGACGCUGUUCUGGUUUGCCGGUGAUACUGACAAAAACCAUCCAGGUUAGCCCAAGGAAGAAGGUCUGUAGGCAGGGUGUGUUGGAUGCAAUUCCUGAAGAAGAGGAAAUAGGGAGGGGUCAGAUAAACUGUAAUGGAUUGGUCCUACAACGUCAAACAAUGCAGAUCACAGAGGCAGAUGAGGAUUAUUAUGGUUUAGAUGGGAAAAGGGUGGAUGGCUCAUAUGGUGAUGGAAUGUACCCAGGUGAAGAUGGGCAACUAUCUUGGUUUAAUGCUGGGGUGAGGGUUGGUGUGGGGAUAGGCCUUGGGAUGUGUGUCGGCGUUGGUAUUGGGGUUGGACUUCUUAUGAGAUCUUAUCAAGCAACAACCAGGAACUUGCGAAGGAGGUUUUUCUAGAUCGGUGUGUUUCCAUAGUGGCGAUGGCAUUCAGAUUGGAAGCAGUAACACUUUUUCUGAUCAUUCUAUUAGAGCAUCAGUAUCAUCAGAGUGACCUCAUCGGGCAGUCUUAAAGCGGAUAAAAGUAUGUUUGGUUUGGAAUUCAAAUAAUCUACGAGUAUUUACUUAUCCUGCCUGCUUCUUUUUAGAUCCUGCAAUGAUGUCAAAUGUACAAUAUGUUCACUAUAGCGAAUGAUCUUAGGUAGCGAAUGUCGCAGUACUGUAAUGUCAAUGAGCUAGUGUCAACUGUAUGUAUCGAGUCUUUGUAAGUAUUUCCAUGGAAAUUUUUGUGUUGAGAUCAUGAGAUGUGUUCUGUUUGUAACAUUGUGUUGUGAAGAGCUAAGAAGAGAUGAUGCCCCCUGAUGAGAGUGCGUAUAUUGUAUUAAACUAUGAACUAUGAAGGUGGCAGAUGACAUUCCUGUACGUUGAAUUUUGUGA